CUAGGUCCUCCCCUUCUCCCGGUCCUCGACCAUUGGGAACUUACUCCGUGCAAGCGAUUGAUUGUUCUUGUAUUAUUGAGUUCACCGCGCGUGGAUACCUGACAAACCCCUUGUCAGCUCACCGCCCCUCCCCCCAAGGCAUUCCCGCCUUAAAAAGACUUCCACCUCCUUCCCUCCGACAACGCACUGGAUCGAUACAAUGCUCUACCGAUAGACUCCAAAUUCCUUUCUUUUAUUCCCCCCCCCCUCUUUUCCCUUUUCCUUCUUCUUCUUCCUUUCGCUCUCCUCGUCUUUGUUUCUUGGUUUGUCUCUCUACCUUUUUCACGUCCUAGAUCCACCCAUCACCAGUUUGGAUACUCUCGGCCUCGAUGGCGACUACUGAACAUGCGAUAGCACUCAGUAAUGACAUGUCGAUGGAGCUCCCAACACUUCCCCCUAAUCAGGGGCUUGAGGCUCUGAAGGACGUGCUAUUUGGCUCGGCCGCCGGCAUGGCGGGCAAGGUCAUAGAGUACCCUUUCGACACGGUCAAAGUACGGCUUCAGUCACAACCGGAUCAUCUUCCCCUGCGAUACAAUGGCCCGCUGGAUUGUUUCCGUCAAUCUUUUCAAGCCGAUGGGUUUCGGGGACUAUAUCGGGGUAUAAGUGCCCCCAUGGCGGGGGCGGCCAUCGAAAACAGCUGUCUCUUUUGGAGCUACCGCAUCAUUCAAGACGUACUCAAGGCAACCUGUUACAGCUCGACGGACCCGCUGCCUUUCUCCGCCCUGUUACUCAGUGGAGCCGCGUCGGGCUCCAUCACCUCGCUUGUGCUUACUCCGGUUGAACUCAUCAAAUGUAAGAUGCAGGUUCCUGUGGAGAGCACUGGCGGCCCAGCCCCUAGGCCGCUCACCUUGAUUGCGUCUAUAUUCCGUCAAGACGGCAUCUUGGGGUUCUGGCGCGGGCAGAUGGGGACCCUCAUUCGCGAAACGGGCGGGGGCGCCGCCUGGUUUGGUGGCUACGAAGGAGUGUCUGCACUGUUCCGAGCAUACGCGGUGCCACCCUCGAAAGGCGAAUCGUCCGAACCGGAUCAGGCGCGCCUUCCCCUAUAUCAGCAAAUGAUCGCAGGUGCAGCGGCGGGGAUCAGCUAUAACUUCUUGUUCUACCCGGCCGAUACAAUUAAGUCCCGCAUGCAAACGGAGGACAUCACCCAUUCCACGGUCAAUGGGAAGCGGCAAACCUUCUGGGGGGCUGCCAGGUCCCUUUGGAAUCAGCAGGGGCUUCGAGCCCUGUAUCGAGGCUGUGGGAUAACUUGCGCGCGAUCGGCACCAAGCUCGGCAUUCAUUUUCACGAUUUACGAAGGCUUACGGAACUAUUUCGGAUGAUUUUCUCUCUGCACGUAUCUUUCUCUCCGGUUCCCAUCGGCCUUUCUCCCGUCUCUCUUUCUCUUUGCUUCGUUUCGUUGGCUAGAAGAUACCUAUUGUUUUGCUUUCAAUUAUAGACGUUGCUUUUUUGUUUUCCUUGAUUGAUUGCCACACCAUGUUUUCGGCAUCGGUUGCGUAGAGGCCUGGUCUGUUGUUGUUGUCGUCGUUGCCGGAGGAGUCCGCCUUUGCGAUGCGGGGGGGGGGAAGCAUUGGGCGGGCGAAUCAUCCACUGUACUUCCCCCUC